CGGAUAACACUCCACCAGCACGGUCCAGCAUGGCUCUUUAAACUCGUCCCGUCGUCCGGACCCGGAGAACUAGUCCGUGCUUUGCUUUCAAGCAACGCACCAGCCGAAGCGCUCCACGUUUCCUCCGCAAUAAUGGAGUUUCAUUAUGCCCACCCAGCCCUGCUCUCUGUGGCCCAUCCGUCAGACCCCGCUCGCUCCCAGCGCAUGUUUGGACUGUUUGGACUGAACCAAAGCGCCGACAGACAGAAUGAUGGCAACGUCGGCUCCUGUUUGGAAGACUCUUCGUGUCUGCCCGGCAGACCCCCUCGCUCUCUCUCACCCACAGGCUAACCACAGCCAAUCACAGGGGUGCAGGGGGGAGGUGUCAGAGGAGAGUCAGCACUUAAUUGGUGAUGGUCUCACUGACUGGAUGACGGAAGAAGUGGAUUUCUCCUCGUACCUCCCAAACCCUCCUUCCCCUCCCUCCUCCACCAACGCCUCCCUUCCCCCUUCACCCCUCCAGAAUGAUAUCCAGGUGCCUUCUGACUUGGAGGUCAUGACCUCUCUGCUGCAAGAGGAACUCGCCCAACUAGAGGACUACUUCCUGUCUGAGCCGCUGCCGGAGAAAGGGCCGAGGCUGGGGAAAUGUGACAGGGGUCCACUGCCGGCGGGUCCUCAGCCCUUCACUCAGCUGCCAUACGCAUCAUACUCGACAUGCAGCCAAUCGGAAUCCAGCCCGCUUCUUGUUACCCUGGCAACGGGAGAACUGGACCUGCUGAGCAUCUGUGGCGGGCCCAUUGGGCGAUCCAAAGUUCCAAGACACGCCCCGUACAGCUGCGGGCGCCCCAGUGGGUGUGGUAGGAAGCGAGUUCCCGAUGGCGCGAGGUUCAGCGAAGGUUACGACAACAGUUUGUUGGGAUCCAAAGGAAGUAACUCAGGUAGCUCGGCCGCGAGCCUGACAGGAAGCUACGGCUGCGUGGACGACGAGCAGCUGGCAGGGAAGAGCUUCUGUCUGGGGAGCGCCGUCGAGGUCAGACGAUGUGCCGUUCUUCCAAAAGAAGAGAAAAACUGCUGCUUCGGUCAAGACGUGAUGGGCGCCGCGAAGGUGGUCGGCGGUGGAUUCGGCUUCGGGGGAUCACUUGACGUCGCGCACAAGAAAGAGGAUCUGCUGAUGUACAGUAUGAGGGAGGUCGGCUCAGGCGCCGCCAACAACGAGGUGCUCAACGGUAUCAAAAGUAGCAUGGAGGUGACCAAAGCCGGCGUUUCGUGGAAAUCAGAGAGCGGCGACGGUUGCUACCUUCCGGCAGCAGCGCAGCCCGAGGCCUUUCACAGCUUCUUAGGUAACAUCAAUGAGCAGGUGAAGUCCGAGAGCCUCCAGGUCAACCAGCACGACCUGCACUGCAACUUCCUGGAGGAUCAAGGCCCGGAGUGUCUGUUGAUGUCCAGAGAGAGUCUGAACCUGGAGUCUGCAGGGCUCAGGCAGGCGUGCCGGCUGAAGGAAGACCACUGUGCCCUGAAAUACGAGGUGGACAUGGUGCCAGCUGAAGGCGGCGAGCGCAAACAGAAGAAGAGAGAUCAGAACAAAACCGCCGCUCACAGGUAUCGCCAGCGAAAGAGGGCGGAGCUCGACUCUUUGGAGGAACAGUUGCACUGCCUCGAAGGGAGGAACCGGGAGCUCCGGGACAAGGCAGAGUCGGUGGAACGUGAAAUCCAGUACGUCAAAGACCUGCUGAUCGAAGUUUACAAGGCCCGCAGCCAGAGGCACAAGCAGGACACGACGGCGUAACCUCGCAGCAGCGUCUGUGUCUCUGACGGUGGUUUCAUGUUUUCUGUCACGGCUGGCGGGAAAUGCAUGCUUUGCUGAUGUGAAUUAUUUUUUUUAAUCAUUUAAAAAAAUCAACGCUUCCAUUGCUUUCGCACUCUGAUCACUUGAGCCUGCACUGUGGCAUUGCAAUGCUUUAAAUGACAAUCAUUUUUAUAGACCUCGCCCUGCGUGAGGCGACGAGUCGAAGAAGUUAUUCAUUCUGCAGGUUUGAUAUUUUAAUAGCCUUACAUUGGAAUUGAUGUCAGCAAUAGAACUUUGUGUUUUUAUCUUUUUUAUGUUUUAUUUAAUUUAUUUGUGUCACUUUAAAUUAAUGAAAAAACAUUUAGUUUUAAUCGGCGGAGGAUUUGAUAUGAAUAUUUUAAAAUGUUUGAUUUUUACAGAAAGAACCGCUGAAGAACGUUUUUUUAUUUUAUUAUUAUUUUUAUAAUUUAAUAUUUUUUCAUGUGAUCUGUGUUUAUUUCAUUUCAGCGUGACAAAUCCCGUUUUUACGUUUGCAGCACUGAUUCCAAAUAACGUCCAAUCUAUUGAUCCUGUGACCAAAAUAAAAACUGGUUUCUCGUUUGCACUGUUCUGAAGGUGAAACUGACAUUUUUUAUUUUUGUGUUUUGUAAACUUUUCUUUCUCCCGCAUAUUUCAAACUGUCCGAUCUGUUUCUCGUCACACGUUUCUCUGUUCACAUGCAGCUUCUCUCUUGUUGUACAAAUGUUGUGAGUAGGUGAGAUGUAGCAGCUCCCUCUGCAUGUCUUUACUUUCUUUCCAUGAACUCUUUUUCUCUCUCUUGAAAUAGAAAAUGUAGAAUUUCAGAAACAAGUUCAGGCAAUAAGUUUUUUAGGCCUCUGGCUGAUCUGCACUAAUUUGUAACUUUUGUAUGUUCAGGGAGUCGGAGUGUGUUCGUCUGUUCUUUGUAGGAAACGAACAGAAAAUCAAUCAUUAGAUUCUUUGAGUAAUUAUAUUUCAUUUUUCUCACAUUCAUCUGUUGUUACUGAGGCUAGAUUUGUUUCUAUGCAUAUUUAUGUUGAGACAAUCUUGAAUCUUGUUGAUUUAUGGAUGUUUGUUUGUUUCUUUGUGCACUAACAAACCAAAAAUGUGGACUGAGAAUUAGAGCGCUUCAUGUGAAAUCAUUUAAUCUCAUGUGAAAAUUUGUUUUGUGUGAAUCCACUUUUGUUUUUUCCU